UCUCAGGGCGGGCGGGGGGUGGGGUAGCGGUGAAGGCUCUCCAGUUCUAGGCCCCGGGCUGGGGCGCAGUGAGGACCCACCGAGGUGUCACCCCCAGGAACCGCCAGGCCCCACUUCUCAGCCAGCACACUCAGGUCCUGAGGUCGCUGCGCAAAAAUGCUGCGACUCCUUUCUGCCUCACUCAGCUUCAGGCCCAGCUUUGGGUGCUCACCCUGGUGGGCAGUGCCUGUCCAUCUUUAUAAUUGCCCAAGUUGGCUGGAGGCCCAGGGGCCGGUUCUGCCCACAGUCUUUGAAUGGGCAGCGUGGAGCAGAGAGGAGCCCAGGGUAAAUGUGGUGCAAAGAGAGAUAGAAGAGCUUGCCGAGAUCUGAGCGCCCUGGGUGUAGGCGCUUACUUUCAUUUUGAAGAUGAGGAAAAUGAAGUCACUUGCCCCAGAGAACAUAUCUAGAGUCGGGUGCUGUGCCCGGGAGGUGCUAGUCCCUGAGGGGCCCCUGUAUCGCGUGGCUGGCACAGCCAUCUCCAUCUCCUGCAAUGUCACUGGCUACGAGGGCCCUGCCCAGCAGGACUUCGAGUGGUUCCUGUACAGGCCUGAGGCCCCAGAGGCUGCCCUGGGCAUUGUCAGUACCAGGGAUACCCGAUUCUCCUAUGCUGUCUUUGGGCCCCGAGUGGCAGCUGGUGAGGUACAGGUGCAGCGUCUGCAGGGUGAUGCCGUGGUGCUCAAGAUUGCCCGCCUGCAGGCCCAGGAUGCUGGCAUUUACGAGUGCUACACACCCUCCACUGAUGCCCACUACCUGGGCAGCUACAGCGGCAAAGUGGAACUGAGAGUUCUUCCAGAUAUGCUGCAGGUGUCUGCUGCCCUGCCAGGGCCCCGGGGCCGUCAGGCCCCGACUUCACCCCCUCGCCUGAUGGUGCACGAGGGGCAGGAGCUGGCACUGGGCUGCGUGGCACGGACGAGCACGCAGAAGCACACACACCUGGCCGUGUCCUUUGGGCGAGCUGUGCCCGAGGCGCCAGUGGGGCGAGCAACUCUGCAGGAAGUGGUGGGACUCCGGCCCGACCUGGCCGUGGAGGCCGGAGCUCCCUAUGCUGAGCGGCUGGCGGCAGGGGAGCUGCGGCUGGGCAAGGAGGGGACUGAGCGCUACCGCAUGGUGGUGGGGGGCGCCCAGGCGGACGACGCGGGCACCUACCACUGUACUGCUGCUGAGUGGAUUCAGGAUCCCGAUGGCAGCUGGGCCCAGAUCGCGGAGAAGAGGGCUGUCCUGGCCCAUGUGGACGUGCAGACUCUGUCCAGCCAGCUGGCAGUGACAGUGGGGCCCGGUGAACGUCGGAUCGGCCCAGGGGAGCCCUUGGAGCUGCUGUGCAAUGUGUCAGGGGCCCUGCCCCCACCAGGCCGUCAUGCCGCGUACUCCGUGGGCUGGGAGAUGGCACCUGCAGGGGCACCUGGGCCUGGCCGCCUGGUUGCCCAGCUGGACACAGAGGGUGUGGGCAGCCUGGGCCCUGGCUACGAGGGCCGGCAUAUUGCCAUGGAGAAGGUGGCUUCCAGAACCUACCGGCUACGGCUGGAGGCUGCCCGGCCUGGGGAUGCGGGCACCUACCGCUGCCUCGCCAAGGCCUAUGUCCGAGGGUCUGGGGCCCGGCUUCGGGAAGCCGCCAGUGCCCGCUCCCGGCCCCUCCCCGUGCAUGUGCGUGAGGAAGGUGUGGUGCUGGAGGCUGUGGCCUGGCUAGUGGGAGGCACAGUGUACCGCGGGGAGACGGCCUCCCUGCUCUGCAACAUCUCUGUGCGGGGCGGCCCCCCCGGGCUGCGACUGGCUGCCAGCUGGUGGGUGGAGCGGCUGGAGGAGGGGGAGCUGAGCUCUGCCCCUGCCCAGCUGGUGGGUGGCGUGGGCCAGGACGGUGUGGCAGAGCUGGGGGUCCGGCCCGGAGGAGGCCCUAUCAGCGUGGAGCUAGUGGGGCCCCGAAGCCAUCGGCUGAGACUCCACAGCUUGGGGCCCGAGGACGAAGGCGUGUACCACUGUGCCCCCAGCGCCUGGGUGCAGCACGCUGACUACAGCUGGUACCAGGCGGGCAGUGCCCGCUCGGGGCCUGUCACGGUCUACCCGUACACACAUGCCCUGGACACCCUGUUUGUGCCCCUGCUGGUGGGUGCAGGGGUUGCCCUAGCCAUCGGAGCCACCAUCCUGGGCUCCAUCACCUGCUGCUUCAUGAAGAGGCUGCGGAAACGGUGAUCCCUCACACCCCAGGUGAGGGGCAAGGACCCCCAUCCCCAGCCCUGUCUUCCCUGGUCCUGAGAUGAGCAGCUCCCUCCGUGGUCCCAGCUGGAGAAGGAGAAGCCCCUCUCAGCCCCUCUCAGCUCUGUGGGCCAGGGCCAGGAGGAAGUCACACUCUCCUUAGGCCCCUUCACGCGCGUUCUCCCGUUCCUGCAGGUGUGACUAUCUUCCAACCCAGCCGCAAGCCCGCCUCUGGUGUCUGAAUACCCUCUUCCUCUGCCUGCCCUUCCUUUAAUUUAUUUGACCUACUCCCACCCAGAGUGGGAGACACACCCAUGCCCCACUCCUUCCUUCCCAAGCUCCUGUCUCUGGCCUUCUGUUCAUGAUCUCAUACAUAGCCCAAAGGGAGGCCGUUCCCUGUCCUAGAAUUAGUUUUUCUAAAAUGUGAAUAAACGUGUUUUAUAAAA